AUGGCUAAUUCAUCAAGCGCGACAACGGAAUUCACUGUUUUUCUAUGUCCAAUCACACAUCAAAUUUUCAAGGAUCCUGUUUUGGCUGAAGAUGGACACACGUAUGAAAGGGAAGCAAUAGUUCAAUGGAUACAAAAUCAUGGAACUAGUCCGCUUACACGACAACUGCUUAGGGUUAAUAAACUACAUUCCAAUUUUACAAUCAAGAAGAUAGUCGAUGAAUUUCAAUCGAAAAAUUUCUGUUUUAAAUUGGAUGAACAUAUAAAAAAGAAAUCUCGUCGAGCUUUAUUUCAAGCACAUGGAAAAACUGUAUGGGAAGCAGAAUGGAUUGGAAAAGAUGGACCACCGAUAUGUUUAAUGAAAAUAAAUGGUGUGAGAGCAUUAAAAGAAGCAACAUUUUAUGAAGCGAUGACUCGACAUCCAUACAUUGUAAAGACAUAUGGAAUCGUCGAUGAAGCUACGGAUGUAGUAUCACAUUCAGUUAUGUUAUUGCAAGAAUAUGCACCCGAAGGUAACUUAUUCGAAUUAUUACAAGAACAGCCAUCUGUGCCUAAUCCACAUGUCUUAUGUGAAAUGUUUGUUCAAAUCUCUGAUGCUAUGGCAUUUUUGGCACACAAUAAGAUUGUACAUGGUGACUUGGCAUGUCGAAAUGUAUUAGUAUUUCGAUACGAUGCAAAGGAAUCGGAAAAUAAUCUUGUCAAACUAACAGAUUUUGGUCUCAGUCGAGGAAGUCCAAUGUAUGCUCCUGUGGGAUCAGCAUCAAAAACAACAUUGACCAUAGUUCCAAUACGUUAUGCGGCUCCCGAAGUUCUCUGUAAUAGCAACGAUAGAAAUUCAUAUACAGAAAAGUCUGAUAUGUUUUCAAUGGGUGUAUUGAUGUGGGAAGGAUACACAAAAGGUGAAAUGCCAUGGUCCAAUAUUGAGACUGAUAGCGAAGUGUCUCGAAAAGUUAUAAACGGUGAACGUUUGCAACAGCCAUCGAAAUGUAAUGAUAAAAUGUGGUCAGUGAUAUUAAAAUGUAUGUCACAACAAUCUAAUGAUCGACCGCCGUUUGAACAAUUGAAACGUCAACUCUUAGGAUUUGUGUUAAACUCUGUAAGCAUACCAGGUAACAUGAACACUUUAUAA